AUGUCGUCCAUCUAUUCAAAAGCCUUCUUAACCAUCGCGGCUACACAUUCGCCAGACGGCAGAGGCGGCCUCUACACAGACACGCCCGACUUUGAAGUCUCUGGGGAGACUCCAGAGGGAGAAGAGUACCGUCUCUUCUUUAGAGAGCGGAUCGACCAUCACCUCGAUCCUGUCCCUGAACCCGACCGGUCCGGUGCCGAUGUUGGUCUUAUAGGCCAUGGGACUAUUGCUCGACACCCACUCCUGACAAGGGCCUGGGUCUAUCAAGAGCGCUUGCUAUCACCGCGUGUGAUACACUUUGGUCCCCAAGAACUAUUCUUCGAAUGUCAUUCGGCUAUGCAGUGCGAGUGUGGUGGUAUCGACCAUGACGGUUCGUCGAUUGCUCCGUCAGGUCUCAUGAAGCUCCUCUACGCCGAGGCACUCUUCACAACCGCACCUGGAGUAGAAUGGCACGAGUAUGCCGCCUAUUACAUGGCCCGGAUCUGGCGCACCAUGGUCAACGAAUACACCUCCCUCGGAAUAACCAAGCCUUCAGACAGGUUGCCUGCCAUUGGAGGCUUGGCAAAGAAGAUGGGGGCUUCCCGGAAACAAGCAUACGUCGCAGGCUUGUGGGGGAACACUCUGAACGACGACCUCAUCUGGACUGUUCUUGAACUCGAAGGGGAGAAGAAGCCGAAGCAUGAUCCCCUGGCGGCGCCGACGUGGUCUUGGGCGAGCGUCGAGGCACACGUCUUUUACUGGGACAGCAUCGUUUUCUGGAACCCGGAUGAGACGGUGACGGAUGAGGAUCGGCCUCCUUGGCAACAUCUCAGCAAGGUCGAGAGUUGGAAUGUUGACGCAGUUGGUGUCGAUGAGUUUGGACACUUGAAUGGAGGGGCGAUCAAGCUAACGGGUCUCUCUGCGGAGGGUAUAAUCGAGCGCGAUGUCGGCGAGGAAACGAAAUGGGGAUCUGGCUCCUACUACGUCAGCUGGAUUACAAAGGUCCUUACCAAGUUCUUCCAGGAACAGAAGUCCUGUGUAUUCGAAUGA